CCAUAAGCGUCGUCAGUCUCGCGACGGCAGCGUGUGCACCGCGAUGCCGAGCUGAUGGCGUCCCUCGAAGCCGUGCCCAAAAAACCGGUUCAGCGCACCCUUAGAUAAUAGCCGAAGUGAGUGAAAAUGCAAAAUAAUCAAGAGGGACCGAGUCCGGCAGCCACGGGGGCCACGGGUACGGCCAGCACCAAGAGCCACGUCAACGGUGGCAGGUUCGAUUUCGACGAUGGUGGCACCUAUUGCGGAGGCUGGGAGGAGGGCAAAGCCCACGGACACGGUGUGUGCACUGGACCUAAGGGACAGGGGGCCUACUCUGGAUCCUGGCAUUACGGAUUCGAAGUUUCUGGCGUCUAUAAUUGGCCGAGUGGAAGUUGUUUCGAAGGACAAUGGCAAAAUGGAAAGAGGCAUGGACUAGGAGUUGAGACAAGAGGAAGAUGGAUCUACAGAGGGGAGUGGACACAAGGUUUCAAAGGCAGAUAUGGCGUUCGGCAAUCUAACACUUCAACAGCAAAGUACGAAGGAACUUGGGCUAAUGGUUUACAAGAUGGUUACGGAUCAGAAACAUAUGCAGAUGAUGGCACAUAUCAGGGACAAUGGAUGCGGGGCAUGAGACAUGGUUACGGAAUCCGAACGAGCGCACCAUUUGGAAAGGCUUCGAAAUACAGGGCGAACAAAAAUAUAAGAGCAAGUUUGACUUCCCUCAGGAGUUCCGACAUUGGAAAUGCAGCACCGCCAGAAGCGAUCGAGAAGAGGGAUCGACGAGCAGAAGAUGCUAGGGGAGGCUUCGUCUUGAAGAGAAGUAGUGCGGAGCCGCAGGUCAGAAGGAGGUCACUUGGAUCUGGAAAUAUAAAAAAAGGAAUUUUGAUGGGUCUCAAAUUGAAAAAACAAAGAAGCACAGGUGACUUAGAGGGCAAACGAUCAGCUACAACGGGAAGUAUCAGAUCUGCAGGUUCAAGUUCAUCUUGGAUGAGCACAGAUUCGAUGCAGUCUGGCUUCACGAACACUUCCAUUCCGUCAGAUUCUAACGCCAGUUUUGUUGUCGAGGACGAGCAGAUGGACCCAAACGUGACCGAAACCUACAUGGGCGAAUGGAAGAACGACAAAAGAUCCGGCUACGGUAUCAGCGAACGAACGGACGGUCUCAAAUACGAAGGCGAAUGGUUCGCGAACAAAAAAUACGGCUACGGCGUAACUACCUUCAGCAACGGCGACAAAGAAGAAGGCAAAUACAAGAACAACGUGCUCAUUACCUCCUCCAAACGAAAACUAUUCCUUAUGCGAUCCGCGAAAUUCCGCGAACGGAUCGAGGCGGCCGUGAACGCAGCUCAGCGGGCGUCCAAGAUAGCGUUGCAGAAGGCGGACAUCGCGAUCACCAGAACCGCCGCCGCUAGGGGAAAAGGCGAACAGGCCGACCAAUCGGCCGCGCAGGCUAGGGAAGACUCGGAUAUAGCGUUGGCCGUGGCCAAACAGUACGCUCCGGAUUUCAAGCAGCCGGGGCUUGAGAGACUUAGACAAAGACAGUUAACUAGGGGUAAAAUUAAUAGUGAUUUAGAACCGACAGCAAACGCGAUUCAUGAGGAACCCAAACAGAACGAGUACAACCAGAUGAAUUCCAACCCAGGUCAUAAGUUAGAUAACCAAAUGGGCAAUUCGAUAAACGUACCAAACAACUACAGCCAGAACUAUCAGGAUCGUGUGCCGAAAGAGCAGCAGUACCAACAGCAGUAUCAGUAUCAUCAGAAUAGGCUAAACUCGGUCAGUAUGACGGACGGUAAUCCUUACAAUAAGCCUAUUUUGAAAAAUCACGUUCACGAGUUCGGUCCACAAGUUCCAAAUAACGUGGAUAAGAUGAACGACAGUUAUAUGGCAAGACCAAGAAAUUCCAUAACGAUGGAUAAUCAUCAUGGAGGUGAGAGCCAAGGGAACAAUAUGGUGAGGAAGUUGUCGCGGCAGUCUUCUAGGGAAAGACCUUAUUUGGGAAACAUUAGCCAACAAUCGUCGAUAGACCACUUCGAUCACUACAAACGACCACCAAGUCGAGACUCGAGUGUUGACAGGUACUCACGUGCAACUGGCCGCCUUUCUGCGUCCGGCUCACGGCAGGCCAGCAUCGACAGGACGAUCAAACCAAGCGAAACUCCAGAUAGGACAAUAAGGGCUCCUUCGAUAGCUCGAAGCACCACGCCUGUUUCGCCGAUGCCACCGAUGCAAAAUUUCCAGAACCGCAAUGGUGGCGUUCCCAACGCUUCCUUCACGUCGAUAGAGGGCAGCAACGGUCCGAAUGGUUCACCUUUCGAAGAUAUAAUCAUGAGGAAGAGAGGUCUAGGUCAAGAUAUAAUCCCCUCGCCGAAUCAACCCAAAAGAACUGAGAGCCUGUUCAUUCCUGGUGGCGGUAGUGGUGCUGCUACAGCAGCGCCGCCAGUUUCUAAGAAUUUGAUGACCCAAACUUCUUUAGCAAGGAAGAAAUCACUGCCUGAUGUUCAGGAACUUCCUAGAGCAACAUACCAGAUGAGCAGAGAAGAAGUCUCAGCUUUAGGAUCUGCCAGACGAGAAGAGGUUAGGAGACAAAUAGACGAAAAAGAAAGAUUGAAAGCCAAUCCACUCUUAUGGUUGGUCAGCCCCCAAGUGAAGGACUGGAUCUACCGACAACAACUUUUAAUUUUGGUCCUUUUCGUGAAUGUAUGUCUUGCCAUCAUGUUUGUCAAACUGCUGACAUAGUACAGGCUAAGCGUCAACAGCGGACGCUCUUUUAUAAUAUAAUUAUUACUAGAUGAAUUGGAAAUUUAUAUUAUUACGAAAAGUUUUCACGGUAGAUAAAUCAGAAAUAACCUCUCUUUUUUGAUAUCGUUUACGAACACGCCUUAACCUAUAUUCAGAAAUCGUUUUAUACGGUCUUCAAAAUUGGCCGCAACCCAUUCAUUGUUCAAGGGCAAACUUGUUUAAAGCCGCGUUUGCACUAUAUGCCUUUUUCGUGCCUCUUUAUCAGCCUAUUCUUAUGACUAUUGAAUUUUUUCCCUUGUGACUACGAACUUGCCUUUUUUGGCGUUCAUCCAUUCUAACUAAAAUCGAAUUUUUAAAGGGAAACGUAACGUGAGCAAUUGAUGCUUCUAAAAUUUUUUAUACAUUUCUUAUGUUAUCUCAUUUCUCUACCAAAUUUGGCUGCACAAAAAAUUAAGAUAAAAUUAUUAUUACAAUACGAAAGUGAGAUAAAUAGAUGAAAAUAGUUUUAUGGCGUGCAGACAAAUUUUCAAUUCUGGAAAAAGUACCUCGUUAGCUCAUUUGGUAGGGCGACGGACUAGUGAUUCGGAGGUUGCGGGUUCGAAUCCCGCCCGGGGAGGUACUUUUUCCAGAAUUGAAAAUUUGUCUGCACGCCGUAAAACUAUUUUCUUAUAUUAAUACAAUGAAAUUUCUAGUCAUAACAUAUCAUACGACCAUGAGGUAUAGUUGGUUUUUGAAAAAUAUGAACUCGCUUAUUAGAUUUAGUUUCGAAAAAGAUACGAUAAUAGUUUUUAUCGAAUUUAAGUGAAUUUGUACAAUGAUAUUAGGAAUCGGUUACAAAUCGAAAUUAAAAUUAAGUGCCUUCGUUGAGAUUUGUGAACAGAAGAAGAAAAAACUGACUGAUUUCCAAAUCGCAUUUGUCCCCAGAAAAGAAACAAAAUUUAAAAUAUUGCUCUACUAACUAUCGUCAAAUCAACAAAUCAUUCAAUAAUCUUUUGGAUAUAACUUUACAAUGUUUCUACAACAUUUAAAUUUAUUUCUGAAUUAUCUACUAAUUUUUGGCCUAUUAGUAAUAUAUCUUUAAGACAUAUUUUUACACUUUACUACAACGCAAGGUCGAGCGUGAUCUUUUGAUGUUAUUGUGUACAUUUUACCUCUUUGUGUAAGGAAAAUUAUUUUCCUAUUCUGCAAGACCUGAUGUUGUUUCCCAUUUCAUAUAAUUUUUGUCAGAAAAGUGUUGGAGUCAUUUUGCUGUUGGAGUUUUUCAGAUUUUAUGCAUCUCUAACGUCUACAAACCCACGAAAGAGAAUGCGAAAAAACUAUAGGGAGAUCUAUCAUAUCAUGAAAUAUUUAAUUCGUUGAAAAAUUGUUUUUUCGUAUUCUCCUCUUUCCUCUGAGUUUUAGAUAUGUGAGUUUGAAAUUGUUUGUUAUUUAUUCUAUCGAUAAAUAUUUAUAAUAUAAUAAUUGUUUAGAGUAAUCAACUAUUCGAGAUUAUUCAAUUUUUUUCAUUAAUUCGAUAUUCGAAUACCUAAUAUAUAUUAUCUUGGAAAUGUUAUAGAUUUUAUUCUUCUCAACUAUAAAGUUAUUUCAUCUAUAGGUAUAUUUAAGCGAUUUAACUUGAAAUCUACCUUUUCAAUAUUAAAGAUUUUAUUUUGUCGAAUUAUUGUCGUUUCGCCCAGAUGUUCGAUUUUCGUUAAAUUCGAAGAAAAAGACAAUUAAUAAAUGAUAUUCUUGAUUAAAA